GUUAAGUGGAGUCGCAUUUGUUGUUUUCUUCUUCGCACCACCCAUUCGCUUCCACUCGCCUCCCUGUUCCGCCAUCUCUGCCACCUAGGGUUCCGCCGCCGACCAAUGUUGCCCUACAAGACUCUCCAGGAGGCAGAGGCGUUUCUGGGGCGGAACCUCACGUUUCCGGAAACCGUAUGGCUCAAUUACUCUGCCAACAAGUCUGAUUACUUCCUUUACUGCCACAACAUUCUUUUCCUCUUCCUUAUCUUCUCUGUCGUCCCUCUUCCGUUGGUCUUCAUGGAGCUCUCGCGAUCUUCCGGCUUAGAUAAGUUUAAGAUUCAGCCCAAGGUGAGGCUGUCUUCGGCCGAUAUAUUUCGGUGCUACAAGGACGUUAUGAGCAUGUUUUUCUUUGUUGUUGGUCCUCUCCAGCUCGUCUCCUACCCUUCCAUCAAGAUGAUUGGGAUUCGUACAAGUUUGCCAUUGCCAUCUGGGUGGGAGAUUCUUAUGCAACUCGCGGUCUAUUUUAUGGUUGAGGAUUUUACCAAUUACUGGAUCCAUAGGUUCCUGCAUUGUAAAUGGGGGUAUGAGAAGAUUCAUCGGGUUCACCAUGAGUAUACAGCUCCAAUUGGAUUUGCGGCACCUUAUGCACACUGGGCUGAGAUUUUGAUCCUUGGAAUUCCGUCUUUUCUUGGGCCAGCAAUGGCCCCUGGGCACAUAAUCACAUUUUGGUUGUGGAUUGCUCUUCGGCAGAUUGAAGCCAUUGACACUCAUAGUGGAUAUGACUUUCCCUGGAGUCCUACGAAAUAUAUACCAUUUUAUGGUGGUGCUGAUCACCAUGAUUACCAUCACUAUGUUGGGGGACAAAGCCAAAGUAACUUUGCUUCAGUCUUCACCUACUGUGAUUACAUUUAUGGAACUGACAAGGGCUAUCGGUAUCAAAAGAAGCUUCUUGCAAAGUUGAAAGAGGAUUUGAAAAGCAAUGGCCAACAAAAUGGAGUCUCAUACCAGAACCUUACUCAAGAUCUCAAAUCUGACUAAUGGUGGGGGAUGUCGGGCUAUAAGACUCUUAUCUGGAACAAUGCCCCUCUCGGAUGCAUCUCACCAGUAACAACUUACUGAGACCUCUGAUCUCAGACUGACAUUAUCCAUUGUUAUCACCAUGCUAGUCUGGGGUAGUAGAAAUUCUAGUGGUUCAGAUGGGGAUCGAAUUCUUGGGGUCUUUUACAGUUGUGUAAUUUGUGGGGAGGGGUUGUGUUUUGUGUUGAAUUUGUUUUUCCUCCGUGGAUUUUGAACAUUCAGUGUAAGAUGUAAAACCCAAACUUUUGUUGUGGUGUUAUGGUCAAAUCCAAAUAUUAUGUAUUGUUAUUGUUAUUAA